AUGUCUGAUCCAAAAAACUACACUAUUGGCUGGAUUUGCGCGAUCACCUCUGAAUAUGUUGCCGCUCAAGCCUUCCUCGAUGAAGUGCACGAGGGCCCAGAAUACUUGCCAGCUCACAACAAAAACGACUAUACAUUGGGCAGGGUCGGAAAGCACAAUGUGGUAAUUUCUGUUCUACCUUUAGGUUUAUACGGCACCUCCUCGGCAACGCGAGUUGCCGAAGAUAUGUUGCAUAACUUCCCAAAUGUUCGAAUCGGUCUGAUGGUCGGUAUCGGUGGCGGAGCGCCAAGCCCAAAUCACGAUAUACGCCUUGGUGAUGUUGUGGUUAGCAUUCCUUUCAAUGGCCGAGGUGGAGUGAUCCAGUACGAUUUCGGUAGAACGAUACAAGGCCAAAGCUUUCAGUUGACGGGCUUUCUCGAUCAGCCACCUAUUAUCCUCCUCGCAGCGGUUAACGGACUUAGAGCGCGGUAUGAGAGCGAGGGCAAUCGACUUGAAGAGAAAGUUAACAAGGUUCUUGAGAAAAAGCUAAGGCUACAGAAAAAAUAUAAACGGCCAGAGCAAGAAAGUGACCGGCUUUACCAAAACCAUAUCGUUCAUCCAGAAAAAAGUGGAUCAUCUUGCGCAAUAUUUUGUGGUAAUGAUUCAACAAGUUUGAUGUCGCGAAAUCCUCGAGCUGAGGAUGAAGACAGCUCUGCCGUGCACUACGGGUUGAUUGCGUCAAGCAAUCAGCUAAUAAAGGAUGCUUCGGUCCGUGAUAGACUUGCCGCGGAAAAGGGUGUUUUAUGCUUUGAAAUGGAAGCGGCCGGGCUGAUGAACAACUUUCCGUGCCUUGUGAUCCGUGGUAUUUGCGACUACUCCGAUUCGCACAAGAGUAAAGAAUGGCAAGGGUUUGCGGCAAUGGUUGCGGCAGCAUAUGCGAAAGACCUGCUUUGUCGAAUUGUCCCCCAAAAGGUGCAAAGCGAACGAAGUAUUUCAAAAAUCUUGAGGCCACGUCAUGGCCAUGUGGCCGAAGUCAAAGACCGCAAUACAUCCAGGUUACCAAAAAGCGAUGAAAAAUGCGCCACGAAGUUGCAGAUCCUUCAAGGCCAUUCUGAUUUGGUACAUUCGAUAGUCUUCUCUCCCAACGGCCGACUAGUAGCCUCUGGCUCUGAGGAUCGAACUGUACGGCUCUGGGAUAUCGACACAGGCUCUCUACAGCAUACCCUCAAGGGACAUUCUAAAGGGGUUUUGUCGGUAGCCUUCUCUCCUAACAGCGGACUAAUAGCGUCGGGCUCUCAGGAUCGGACUGUACGGCUCUGGGAUACUGCCACAGGCGCUUUACAGCAGAUCCUCGAAGGCCAUUCAUUUCGUGUUGAUUCAGUGGCCUUCUCUCCUGAUGGCCGAGAAUUAGCCUCGGGAGCUCCUGCUAGUUCUGUCCGGCUCUGGGGUACCGCCACAGGUGCUCUACAUCAGACCCUCAAACUCCAUUCUAGUCCGGUAGUCUUCUCUCCCGACGGCCGACUAGUAGCCUCUGGCUAUCUUGAUUACUCCGUUAAGCCUGUAACUCACAAUUUCAGGAUCUGGCAGAGAUCCUCAGCACAUCGAUUUAACAGUGGCCAUAUUGGUGGGGUUCUGUCAGUGGCAUUCUCUUCCGACAGCCAAUUAGUAGCCUCCGGCUGUGUUGACCACACCGUCCUGCUAUGUGAUAGUACCCCCACGGGCCCUUCGUCAACCAUCUACAGACGGACUCUGAAAGGUCAUUCUGAUUCAGUUUUGUCGGUGGCCUUCUCUCCCGACAGCCGACUAGUAGCCUCAGCCUCUAGGGAUCAUACCAUCCGGCUCUGGGACACCUCCACGGGCACUCUACAGCACAUUCUCAAAGGCCAUUCCAGUAUAGUUUUGUCGGUAGCCUUUUCUCCUGAUGGCCGAGUGGUAGCCUCGGGCUCCUACGGGUCUGUCCGGCUUUGGGAUACCGCCACGGGUGCUCUAAACCAGACCCUCAAAGGCCUUUCUAGCCCCCUGGCCUUCUCUCCUGACGGCCGACUAGUAACCUUGAGCUACCUUGAUCACACCCUCCGCGUCAUACCAGCGCGAGCGAUCUAUUGGAUACAGUGA